AUGGCCAACCGAGCUUCAAUCCCCAGUCUUGAAGACGUGGAGGAAGAAUUCGAUACGAAUUCGGAAGAUUUGGAUCGAAAAGCCAAAGCCAAAGGCGAAGGCGAAGACGAAGACAAGGCUUGGGAGGAUGGCACGGCGGCGUACUUGAAGAAGAGGUUUGUCGAGAUGGUCUGGUGGAAAAACACGGUUGAUGAGGUGAAGUCAGUGGCGGGAGGAGAGACGGGGGAGUCGGCUGAAAAUGUUACUUCGGGGGAAGAAAUCAGUUCUGCGGAAUCCAUUGCGUCCACAGAAGCUAUUACCGCAACUGAGAUGGAGGCCGUUACUUCAAUGGAGGCCGUUACUCCGAUGGAAGCCAUUAUUUCACCAGAUGAUAUCACUUCUGAGGAGGCAAUCGCGUCUCUGGAAGAGAUCGUCUCAACGAAAUAUGAAACCUUGAUGAGAGAUACCACUUCAGCGACCGGAGAACAGAAGGGGGAAACAGCAAUCAUCGACUACGUUAAUGGAAGCAUGGGUGGUACGGAGGGUAACGUGCACUCCGAAAAGGUUCGUUCUGAUCCGGAUCGCUGCAGCUUUGGCAAUGCUUCAGUGAUGAAGACAAUUGACUUCGUCGGUUACGACCGUCGAGACGAUUCUUCCGAUCUCUCCGACCAAAGCCCGGAGAUGUGCGAGACUACCUUGCAUCGAUUGAUGCUUUUUAUCAUUUCCAUCAUCAAGAAUGAGAUUAUCACUUCGCAUACACAAUGCACUAAACUGAGUAAGCAAGUCUCGCAAAUCGUGAUGAAGCAAGAGCAGACUGAGAAUUGGAAUAUCAAGUGA